UGGCAUCGACGGCGAUGUGUUUGCUUAAAAAACGUCUUAAUGAAGCGCGAUGUUGGUAAACAGUAUUCGAGUUGUUUUGGCGGCGUGUUUGGUGGCGACUUUUGGCGACGCGCAGCUUAUGUCAAAGCAAAUGUUCCGGUUUCCUGUCAAGUUGCAGGAAAGACUCCGGGCGAAGCUGAGCAAAAUUCGCCAAAGGAACACUAAGUUGAUUUGUUACGACAUAGUCGGUUGUUUUAACCUACCACACAAGAACUCUCCGUUACAAAAGACGCCCGAAGAUCCGAGGAUAUUGAGGACCAAGUUUUAUUUGUUUACGAGGAAAAUCAACUUCUCAACUCCCGAAAUUCUGUAUUACGACGACGAUGGCAAAUCUCUGAGCGAGUCCAGUUUCAAUGUGUUCAAUCCGACCAAACUCUUAAUCCAUGGAUACAUGAGCAAAUGGAACGAGAAAGGAGCAGUCAGGGUUGCUGACGCAUAUUUGAAAUUGUACGACUGCAAUGUAAUCCUCAUGGACUGGAGAAUGGGCGCCAGAGGUCCUCAAUAUACUGCCGCAGCAGCGAAUACGGAAGUAGUGGGCAGAGAGCUCGGCACUUUGCUGUUGACAAUGGUCGAAAAAGGAUUAGACCCCGCCAACAUACAUUUGAUCGGGUUUUCUUUAGGUGCUCACGUGGCGGGAACGGCAUCGGAAACUCUAAAAAGCAACGGACACCUUGUCGGAAGAAUAACGGGUUUAGACGCGGCUAGUCCCUUAUUUAGGAACGACCAUUUUCGCGAAAAGCACAAGAAAUUGGAUAGUAGUGACGCGAAAUACGUCGAUAUUAUUCACACGGAUUCUAGCCCGUUCGUCACCGAUGGAUUUGGGAUAUGGGAACCGAUAGGCCACGUGGAUUUUUUUCCCAACGGGGGACAGGAACAGCCCGGUUGCAGAGAUCCUCGUAGUUCUAUCGUGGUAACCCAUUUAGAAGGGACGUUGAAUAGAGAGACGGCUUGCAGUCACGUCAGGGCUUUCCGCCUUUUUACCGAAACGUUGCUGAACAAAGCCAACAACCAAAAGUGUCGGUUCAUAGCGUUCAGUUGUCCGGGAGGCCUUCAAUCCUUCAACAAAGGACGCUGCUUUCCCCAAUUGUCUAACGGCAGACUGGACAUAGAUCCAGCGUACAGGACGGACGAGAUAGGUCAGUUCGGCGAAGAUGGCAGCGGCGGAGGCGUAAUGUAUUUUGCAACCCGAGAUUCCAGCCCCUACUGCGGGACGCAGCUCCAAGUUUCCGCUCACAUCUCUCAGAAAACAGGACCCGUUCGGGGAGUCUUGCAAAUGCAGAUGAAUUAUCUGCAGUAUUCGCUCGACGUCCAGAUGAGAAUAGAAUCGGCGGAUCUUGUCAUGACGGGAGCGGUAAUGAACGCCAUUGUCGUAGCGGAAUAUGAUACGCUCACCCCAGAGUCGGUUAAAACAAUCAAAACUAAACUCAGCUACUUCGAUUUAGAAAUGGAGACGGGCAGAAAUCAGAGUUCAUACGCUGCCGCCCUAUACGUCGACAAAAUUAUCGUCAAAGACAUGUUGGGCAACAGCUGGCAAUUCUGCAAAAAAGGCACGCUGGUCAGGGAUAUAAACGGUACCCAUCAUGAUUUGGUCGGCGUAAACUUAAGCGACUCGCAGUGUUCUUAGCGAGUUUGUUUUCUGUGUUUCUGUUGUCUUGUGAUAUUCUGUUGGUUGUUUUAACAAAAGUAAUAAAAAAAUCCGACCAAACA